AUGAGGUAUGGGAGAUUCAUCUAUACGUGGCCAUUGACCGUUUGUUUUACUGACAAGUUUUUUUGUCGCUUCUGGCAGAGCCGUGUGCUGCUUGUUGGCGCUGGAGGCAUCGGCUGCGAGCUCCUCAAGAACCUCCUCCUCUCUGGCUUCGGCACCAUCCACAUCAUCGAUCUGGAUACAAUCGACCUCUCGAACUUGAAUCGGCAGUUUCUCUUCCGCCACGAGCAUAUCAAGAAGCCCAAGGCUCUCGUCGCAAAAGAAGUCGCUCAGAAGUUCAGGCCUCAGUCGACCAUCGAAGCAUACCAUGCCAACAUCAAGGAAAGUCGCUUUAAUGUCGACUGGUUCGCAUCCUUUGAUCUCGUCUUCAACGCACUGGACAACCUCGAUGCGAGGAGACAUGUCAACCGGAUGUGUCUAGCGGCAAACGUCCCUCUGAUAGAGAGCGGCACCACCGGUUACAAUGGUCAGGUCCAGGUCAUCAAGAAGGGCCGGACAGAAUGUUAUGACUGCACAAACAAGCCUGUGCCCAAGUCAUUCCCUGUCUGCACCAUAAGGAGCACGCCCAGUCAGCCCAUCCAUUGCAUCGUCUGGGCAAAGAGCUACCUAUUCCCUGAACUUUUUGGAACGAGCGAAGAUGAUGUCGAGCUUGAUCAUACAGAAGAUGCUGAAAACGCUGGUGAAAUCGAAAAUCUACGACAGGAAGCCAAGGCUCUAAAGGAGAUCCGGAACUCCAUGCCUUCUGAUGAGUUUACUGAAAAAGUGUUCGAAAAGGUCUUCCACAAGGACAUUGUGCGUCUACAAGCCGUCGAAGAGAUGUGGAAGUCAAGACCAAAGCCAAACCCGCUCUCCUACAGCUCCCUAUCCGAGGAAUCUAAAGGAAUCGACGCAGGCAUUUGUUCGGAUGAUCAGAAAGUCUGGACUGUAGCCCAGAAUUUCGUCGUCUUCAAGGACAGUAUUGUGAGACUGAAAAAGCGGCUCUUGGAUGGUCAGCCCGGGACACAGGAUGGAGACAAGAUCAUGCUGUCAUUUGACAAGGACGAUGUUGACACACUGGACUUUGUGGCUUCAAGUUCCAACUUACGUGCUGCGAUCUUUGGAUUGGAAGCCAAAUCCAAAUUUGACAUCAAGCAAAUGGCGGGCAACAUCAUUCCUGCUAUUGCAACUACCAAUGCAAUGACUGCUGCGCUGUGUGUUCUACAGGCCUUCAAAGUUUUAAAGAAUGAUUACGAUAGUGCAAAGAUGGUAUUCCUUGAACGCUCUGGUGCUCGAGCUAUUAAUACUGACAGCCUCAAGCCACCAAACCCCGACUGUGCUGUCUGUGCUGUAGCUCAGAGAAAGAUUUUCAUUAAUCCAGAGAGUGCAACCCUCAAUGAUCUGGUGGAAAAAGUUCUUCGGCUUGAGUUAGGCUAUGGCGAGGAAUUUUCAGUCAGCAACCAAAUAGGGACCAUCUAUGAUCCAGACCUGGAAGACAAUCUGCCCAAGAAACUAAGCGAACUCGGCGUUGAAAAGGACAGCUUCAUUACCGUUGUGGACGAAGAAGACGACAACCCCCGGGUUAACCUGGAAAUACUCGUCUCCGAACGGUUAGUAGACCAAAAUAACACAUUGUUGUACCAGCAGCUAACGUCUACCAGAACCGACGAUAAAUCUCCCAUCUCCCUUGAGGCGUCUGACGCUGACAUCCCGCGGAAACCGAAGCCCGCUGGGGAACAGGAGCCUUCUGUUACCGCCCAGGAGAAUGGAAUAUCCGGCAAACUCAAGCGAACUGCAGACGAGGCAGGGCUUGAAGUUGUCGAAGGUCAGCCUGCAAAGAAGAUAGCUAACGGGACAGAAGACUGCAACAACACCCCAACAAACCCUAUUAUUGUCGAGGACGACACAGGCACUAUCCUUAUAGACGCUGAUUAA